AAUGAGAGCUAACGGUGGGAGGUUGUGAUAAGAAUAAUACAUUUAAUAGAAAAAUGAGAUUUAAAUUAAUUUCAAAACAAUGAAAUUGACAUUUUUCGGCUUUAAGAGAAUUAACACCUAAUUCCUAAUAUGUAAUGUUAGUGCUAUGUUUCUCAAAAGCAAAAGUUAAUGUCAUUUUAAUUUUAAUUUCGUUUUGUUAGGUAAUAACUAAAAAAUGUUUUGUUGUAGAUUCUACUUCCACAGAGGCAUGUGAAAGAUAAAGUUAUAUGAUUUAUUUACCAAACAAAAUUGUAAAUAUAUAGAUUAGAAACGAUUAUAAGAAAAGAAAAUCCGAUGUUUAUAUUAUAACAAAACGGAAGUCAUAAGUAAGUAUAUAUACAAUUGCGAUGUCAAAUAUUAAAUUAUUAUUCACCGUACAUUAUUUGACAUGAAUCAGGCACUGGGAGAAAAUUAGACAAAUUCAAAGUGAUCCUCAUUAUUAUUAUUUUUAAAACAGAGAUAAAGUAAAAGAAGGCUUACAUAUUGUAUCAUAUAAAUGUAUAUCAUUGAGGUGUAUAAGACUUCUUCAACUUCAUUUUCAAAAUAUUAGUUGUUGAAAAUACAUCGAUAUAUAUACAAUCUCUCGUCUCUCUUCUUUCUAUCCGUCUCUUUCUACCAUGGCUAGGGUUUUUCCUCAAGCAGGCGUUUCUUCACCGUACAUGAGUACGGAGAGAGAGACUUUCACGGUUUGGAUGAAGUCUCUGGUUUAUCAAACCAAUGGUUUAACGGUUUACAAUUCCAACGGAGAGAUUACGUACCGGGUCGAAAACUAUGACAAAUCUAGCAAUGAAGUGCACAUCAUGGAUCUCCAUGGAAACAUUCUUUUCACCAUUCGCAAAAAGAAAUUAUGGCUCUUUGGGAGUUGGUAUGUGUAUAGAGAAUGUGGGACGCUGUCAAGCACUGAGGAAGUAAAACCUUUUGUCAAGAUCAAAAGGUCUUGUAUUAGAGAUGGAGAUUGGGAAGUUCGAGAUGAGACCAAUGAAGUCUUUUGGAUUUUAAGAUUUGACCCCAAAUUUGCUUUUCAGAUAAUAGACGUCCAUGGAAACAUCAUUGCAAAGGUAAAGCCAAAACAAUCAUCAAAUGGAAUUAUAUUGGGGGAAGAUGUGUUAUCUUUGGAGGUGAAGCCGCGUAUCGAUCAUUCACUCGUUGUAACACUUGUCACUGUAUAUGGAUUGAUUAAAGGAAUAGUUUAAAUUUUGUUUGAAUUUCAUAGAAAAUUUUAUAUACAAGAUAGUAUUUUUUUCCAACCAUGUUUGUGUUGUGGGAGAUGUAAAGUGUCAUUUUUGCUAGCCUUGAUUUUUUUUUUUGCUUGUUUCUAUAAUUUUGUCUAUUUUUUACCAUACAAAUAAAUAAUUUAUUUGAUGUA